GUGCACAUGGCCACCAAAGACCCUCAUGAUGGGGAUCAAGCCCCCAAGAGCAUAGAUGAAGAUGCUGUCCAAGCUGUGGCUUCUGUUGGGGAGGACUCAUCUGAUAGUGAUGAUGAGACAGAGCCAGCAAAAACAUUUCAUAGGAAAAUAUCUACCAACAAGGACAUCAAAUGUUCUGUCUGUACAAAAGAGGGAUAUCUCAUGAAGCAGACCUCCUCCUUCCAACGAUGGAAGCGGCGGUACUUCAAGCUGAAGGGCAAUAAACUAUACUAUGCAAAAGAUACGAAGUACGAGGUGUUUGACGAAGUGGAGCUGAUCGACCUCAGCAUCGCUGAGUCGGGCGCCAAGCCGGGCGGCGGCCACUGCUUCCAGGUGAUCACCGCCUUCCGGUGCCUGGCACUACGCGCCGAGACGCGGCGCGAGAUGGAGGAGUGGACGGCCGCGCUCAAGAGCGCCAGCAAGCGCCAGUUCUACGAGGGCAUGGACCACCUUCACUCGCUGCUGUCGGGCCAGCACAACUGGCACGUCAUGUCGCACGCCCGGCCGACCUACUGCAACGUGUGCCGGGAGGCGCUGUCAGGCGUGACGUCUCACGGCCUCAGCUGCGAGGUGUGCAAGUUCAAGUGCCACAAGCGGUGCGCGGCGCACGAGUCGACGCCCUGCAAGUGGACGACGCUGGCCAGUGUCGGGCAGCACAUCAUCGAGGAGGACGACGGGACUGCAGGACUGGCGCUGCCUGUGGUGCAAGGGCACCGUGCACACGGCCUGCCGCGGCCUGGUGGCCGCCCACUGCCCACUCGGCGCCUGCAAGGUGUCCGUCGUGCCACCGACCGCCCUGCACAGCAUCGGUGCCGACGACAGCUGGGAGGCGGCGCGGCCGCUCGGCUGCUCCCCGCUGCUGGUGUUCGUCAACUCCAAGUCAGGCGACCGCCAGGGCAUCAAGUUCCUGCGCCGCUUCAAGCAGCUCCUCAACCCGGCCCAGGUGUUUGACCUGAUGAACAGCGGGCCUGCGCUCGGACUGCGGCUGUUCAAGAAGUUUGACCAGUUCCGCAUACUGGUGUGCGGCGGCGACGGGUCGGUCAGCUGGGUGCUCUCCCACAUCGACAAGCUGGACAUGCACCGCCAGUGCCAGGUGGGCGUACUGCCUCUCGGCACCGGCAACGACCUGGCGCGCGUGCUCGGCUGGGGAAGCGCCUGCGACGACGACGCCAACCUGGCGCACAUCCUCGAGAAGUACGAGUGCGCCACCAUCAAGAUGCUGGACAGGUGGAGCAUCUCGGCUAUGAGCACGACGGUGCGGCUGCGGCCGGCGGCGGCGCCCGCCGACACGAUGGCCGCCUACGAGGACUCGGUGGCCGACCACCUGGCUCGCCUGCUGCACUCGGAGCAGCACCCGGAGGUGCUACAGUCGGCCAGCGUGCUAUGCGAGACGGUGCGGGACCUGAUCUCGCGGGUGGGCGCGUCGGCCGGCGCCGCCAGCCCCGCCCUGGCCGCCAAGUGCGACACGCUGAACGAGAAGCUCUCGCUGCUGAUGGCGGCGCUGCGCGAGGAGGCGCCCGGUCGGCGGCCGCGUCCCGCCGCCGCCGCCGCCGCCGCUGCCACGUUCACGCCGCGCCAAACGCUCAUGCUGCGCGCCAACAGCCUGAAGAAGGCACUGCGCGAGAUCCUGGCGCAUGCUGAGCGCACCAUCGACGACCAGAACGCGCAGACGGCGGCGGCGGCCGAGGUGGCGGCGGCGGAGGCGCCCACCGAGGCGCAGUCCGUCCUCACUGCAAGGGGGCAGGUCAAGCGCCAGGAGGUCGACUCAGGCACGGAGGCCAGCAGCCGAGCUAUUGGCGGCACGCGCAGCAGGGUAAGGACUGUGAGCGUGCCUACCAAUUACGGCGACUAG